GACGGUGCAGGAAAAAAAGGAUAGUAAAGAUGGAGAUGGAGGGUCAGGGUGAGUGUUUGGAAAGUUGGUCGAGCUUUCCCCACAAGACGGACCGAGAAGCGCGUCCCUCUGCGUCACAGCGCGGACAAGAAAGAUGGAAAGGAGAAACUUGUCGACAGUGACAGUAGCAGCUGGAUUCCACACCACGAGGCAAUGGACGAACGAGUACAGGGUUGAAACACAGUGCAGUUCCAACCAUGAUGACGUUAAAAGGCAUGGCACUUGGCCUCUCCAACCUGUUGAUACCCCUCGCGGUACUAGUCUUUGCGACAGGCUUCUUUCCUUACAAGCCCUUCCUAUCUGGACUGGCGACCUUCGAAGAGGUGGAAAACGAGGAGCUGGGGAUGGGCUUGCUGCAAGGCAAUGAUCGGCCACAGAGGAUAUUCGACAAGGUCAUCUUCAUGACUGUGGACGCGUUGAGGAGUGAUUUUGUUUAUGGCCAUGAAUCCGGUUUCAACUUCACACAGAGCCUCAUAGCCUUGGGCGCAGCAGUGCCCUUUACAGCUCAUGCGACCCCUCCGACAAUCACCAUGCCUCGAGUCAAGGCCUUGACAUCAGGCUCGGUCCCUUCGUUCCUCGAUGUCAUACUCAAUUUCGCCGAGAGCGACACAAGCUCGUCUCUGGCCACUCAGGACACGUGGCUCGCUCAAGCAAUGGCCAAUCUCGACAACGGCAAUCUGGUCUUCUACGGCGACGACACCUGGCUGAAGCUCUUUCCCGACUUCUUUGCUCGUCACGACGGCACCAGCUCCUUUUUCGUCUCCGACUUCACCGAGGUCGACAACAACGUCACUCGCCAUGUUCCUCGAGAACUCAAUCUGCCCGACUGGGAUGUCAUGAUCAUGCACUACCUCGGUCUCGACCACAUCGGCCACAAGGCUGGUCCUCUUAGCCCAAACAUGCUGCCCAAGCAAAAAGAGAUGGACAACAUUGUCAAGGAAAUAUACGAAGCCAUGGAGCUCAACUACCACCUCGAAGACACCCUACUCGUUGUUGCUGGCGACCACGGAAUGAACUCCGCUGGAAAUCACGGAGGCUCUGCCCCUGGCGAGACUGAACCUGCUCUCGUCUUCAUCUCGCCCAAGUUCAUGCAUCUCAAAAAGCCCAUCUAUACAGCCCCGACCAAUCCCAACCAAGGCACCGAGUUUGAGUUUUAUCGCAAGGUCGCUCAGAACGAUGUCGUGCCUACACUCUCUGCACUUUUGGGUAUUCCUGUUCCACGCAACAACCUGGGAAUUCUUCUUCCUGAGAUGCUUGCUUUUUGGGAGUCAAAGUUCAGUGGCACAGGUCUGAACGUUGCUGCUGAACUGCUCUAUCGAAAUGCCUUGCAAAUGCUAGCCAUCAUCAAAGCCAAAUUUGGUGAUUCUGACGCCUGGGCCUAUGACCCAAGGACUCAAGGCUCAAUUCAAAUGGAUUGCCAUGGUCUAGAAGACGAAAAAAGGUUGACGUGUCGAUGGUUAUUGGUCAGGGAUGCUCUCUCUCGCAGUAUGCAACCUGGCGAACUUGUCGCUUCGGUCGUGUUUUUGAACCAGUUUCUAAACGAUGCUCAAGACGUCCUCAGUACUACAGCAAGUAGCUACAACGUUGAUCGUCUGAUCAUUGGUGCCGCCAUCUCUGCCAUUUCUCUCGCUUUGGCUACAUACUCGAAGAAAGACGUUUGGUCAUUAACUCCUGCCGGCAUAAGCUUCACCUUGAUCACAGCUCUCUAUGGAAUUAUGAUGUUUGCCACCAGCUAUGUCGAAGAAGAACAGCACUUCUGGUAUUGGACCACGGCAGCGUGGAUGGCUUAUCUCUAUGCUGCAAAAACCAAGGCCACGGGUCUCAAGAGUUCGGUGGUCUUUUCGGCAUUUGUACUCUUGGCACUGCACCGUCUUUCAACUCGCUGGAACCAGACGGGUCAGAAACAUGCCGGCGAUUCCGAUGUCGCCCACGCUUUCUUCCCCAACCAUCACAUUGUUCUUUGGAUGCUUGUUAUCACAGCAUACAUUCAGCUGGCCUUCCGCAUUGGUCGUCGCACAUUUGCCGACAUCUUGGCCCCUGAAUUUGCGACAAUCUCCGCCAUAUCUCUUGUUUUGCCCUCGUUCGUGUUUAAGCUCAACUUUACACAAGCUGAUGCGCCCGAACUGGUUGGUGGUCUUGCCGAGAGUAUCAGACAGUGGACCUCCGAGCUGGACCUCGUGAUGCAGGCUCGAACCGCCUUUGUAGGCUUGGGUAUCGCGACUCUCAUUGUCAUCAUCAUGGUCUUCAUGGGCUACGGGCGUGACGAAGAAGUGGUGAAGAGCGGUACUAACAGACUCGCCGGCUCUCGUCUACCAAGUCGUCUCCAUGAUCUCUUGACGCUUUUCCUUAUAACCCAAACUCGUGCCCAAAACAUACCGCUCUUCAUGUUCUUCGAUCUGCAGUCUCAAAUCCUCUUCCAUCUGCUCUCAAGACCAACCACUCCUGUCAGAGCUCAAUCGCACAUAUACACGAGACCUCUGUCGAUACUUCAAACCACAAUCACGGCCCUCCUCAUGGCGCACACCUCUUUCUUUGCCCUAGGCAACUCUAAUGCAAUCUCUAGUAUUGAUCUCAGCAAUGCUUACAACGGUGUGAGCGGCUACAAUGUCGUUGCUGUCGGUGUCCUUCUUUUUGCAUCAAACUGGGCAGGUCCGAUAUACUGGAGUACGUGUGCAGCUGUGCUCUUCACUCUCCCUUCUAUCGAACAGGAAGAGGCGACGUUAGAUCGUCUUGAGAAAGCAGCUGAGAGACAACAGGCCUUGGGCCGUAAGAAGUGGAUAUAUGAGGAGAGAGAUUUGUUGCACCAGCAAGCCGUUUCUGCUUACUCUGCAUCGGCUCCCGGGGACAGAGACGAUGAAGGACAAAUCUGGCACGAACACAUCAGUGUGUUGACUAUGUUUGUCUCUGCAAGCUUGGUGGCUGUGAUGAUUGCGUGCACGUUAUUGAGGACGCAUCUCUUCAUCUGGACAGUUUUCAGCCCCAAAUAUCUUUAUGCCAUGGCCUGGGCAGUAGGAUGGCAUCUGAUAGUCAAUAUCGGUGUUGGGAGUUUUUUAUGGAGUGUUAGAUAGGAACAUAGGUUUGAGGCGAAAACAGUCGUAGAUAGUAAGACAGAGUGAUGUGUCCCCCUACAAUAAUCAUAAACCCAAGCCACGUUUCUGUUGAUCUCCAG